GGGGACGCGCCCGGCGGCGGGGGCGCGCACCGAGGCGCCGCUCAGUUCGGGGGCGCCCACGGAGCGGCCGCCAUAUGCCGCGGCUGCCGCGGCGGCUCCGAGCGGCGCUGCCCCCCGGCAUCCUCCUCGUCCUCACCGUCCUCCUCCUCCCCGCGGCGGGCGCGGACGGAGCGCGGCGCCUCCAUGGGAAGUUCGCACCUCCUGAACAAGGGCUUGCCUCUAGUAAAAAUUUGAACGCCAUCCAGGCUACAGAGGUUGCAGUGGAUAAGAAGUAUAAAAGCUUUGGUUCAAGAUUACAGGAGGCUGCAAGAAAAAUUAAAGACAUGGAAAUGAGGAUGGAAUGACAGGCUGCUAUUUUGCCUCAGAAUACUGAAGAUUGUAAAGCAUUGAGAAAUCGAAUUCAUGAUCCUGGAAAUCAAGCUCAGAUUAAGAAAUGUCAGGCAUUCGACCUCCGAUCAUGAACGGGCCCAUGCACCCGCGCCCCUUGGUAGCGCUGCUGGACGGCAGGGACUGCACAGUAGAAAUGCCUAUUCUGAAGGACGUAGCCACUGUGGCGUUUUGUGAUGCUCAGUCUACACAAGAAAUUCAUGAAAAGGUACUAAAUGAAGCAGUGGGUGCCCUGAUGUAUCACACUAUAACUUUAACUCGAGAAGACCUGGAGAAAUUUAAAGCACUUCGAAUAAUUGUCCGAAUUGGCAGUGGUUUUGAUAAUAUUGACAUCAAAUCUGCUGGAGAUUUAGGGAUCGCCGUGUGCAACGUGCCAGCCGCCUCCGUGGAGGAGACAGCGGAUUCCACCAUGUGCCACAUCCUGAACCUGUACCGCAGAACCACCUGGCUGCACCAGGCGCUGCGCGAGGGCACGCGCGUGCAGAGCGUGGAGCAGAUCCGGGAGGUGGCCUCGGGCGCCGCGCGCAUCCGCGGGGAGACGCUGGGCAUCAUCGGCCUGGGGCGUGUUGGGCAGGCAGUGGCCCUGCGUGCCAAGGCCUUUGGCUUCAGUGUGAUUUUCUAUGACCCGUACCUGUCGGACGGCAUGGAGCGCGCCCUGGGGCUGCAGCGCGUCAGCACUCUGCAGGACCUGCUGUUCCACAGCGACUGUGUCACCCUGCACUGCAACCUCAACGAGCACAAUCACCAUCUCAUUAACGACUUCACCAUAAAGCAGAUGAGACAAGGGGCUUUCCUGGUCAACACAGCUCGAGGUGGGUUAGUAGACGAAAAAGCACUUGCACAGGCCCUGAAGGAAGGAAGGAUACGAGGGGCAGCCUUAGAUGUACAUGAGUCAGAACCAUUCAGCUUUAGUCAGGGCCCCUUGAAGGAUGCACCAAACCUGAUCUGUACCCCACAUGCAGCCUGGUACAGUGAGCAAGCCUCCAUUGAGAUGCGGGAGGAAGCGGCGCGAGAGAUCCGAAGGGCGAUCACAGGUCGUAUUCCAGACAGCCUGAAAAACUGUGUUAACAAAGAUCACUUGACUGCAGCUACACAUUGGGCCAGUAUGGACCCUGGAGUUGUUCAUCCAGAGCUUAAUGGUGCUGCAUACAGCAGGUACCCGCCGGGCGUGGUCAGCGUGGCCUCCACGGGCAUCCCCGCGGCGGUGGAAGGCAUCGUCCCCAACCCCAUGUCGCUAUCGCACGGGCUCCCCGCCGUCGCCCACCCGCCCCACGCGCCCUCCCCCGGCCAAACUGUCAAACCAGAGGCUGAUAGAGAGCACCCCAGCGACCAAUUGUAGCCCACAGCAGCAUUCCCUGCGCCGCGCCGGAGACAGCAGCUCCGCUCCGAGCAAAACCCUGGAUUUGGAUUCAAGGCAAAACCAUGAACUUGCAGGAGGAGACGAUUAUUGCUUCAGAAACUGGUCCAAUAUACAGUAUAAAAGGAAAAAAGGUGGGAGACAAAAAGAAGAUUCGGAAACAUUUUUUUCCUCCGUAUAAAUUGUAGUUUGUCCCUGUCCAGUGGACUGAUUCACUGUUUCUGUGUCCUAUGGGUUCUUUGUUAAGCAAGAGAAGUUAGUAGUUAAUUAUAUCAUGAAUGUACUUGUCUGUGUACAGUUUCUAGAACAUUAAAAAGGGUUUGUUUGCUUAGCUGUCGACAAGGAAAAACAUAAGGGAGGCAUUCAGCAAACCAGUUUUGAGAUUAAAAAUCCUUUCUUUUAUAUUUUCAAACAUGCCCAAAAAUGAGGCAGUUGGCAGACUUCUCAGGACAAUGAAUUUUUCCCAUUUUUCUUUCUAUGCCACACAGUGCAUUGUUUUUUCUACCUGCUUGUCUUAUUUUUUAGAAUAAUUUAGUAAACAAAAGAAAAACAGUUUCUCCUAAUUUUGGCGUGAAUUCCCUUAUUUCAAAAUGAAGACAACCUUGCAAAGAGAUUUUGAGGAAAACAAAAAGGUUUUGUAUAAACGAGCAUUGUGCUUUUUGUCACCAGUUAAAGUAUAUAUUAUUGGUGGUAUCUGGAAAAGGCACUAGACUACUGAAAAGUAGCAGCAUUUCAUUGCCUACAUUGAUUCCUUCCUGGUAAUGUGGUAGGCUAGCAAUAUUUUUGGUUAAAAUCAUGUUUGUGACUGUAACCAUUUGUAUGAAUUAUUUUAAAGAAAUAAAAAUCCCAGACAAAUAUCAUAUGUGUAAAAAUUUUUAUUUCUAGUAACUGUUUAUUCAACUUUUAUUAGGUUUCUUAGCUGUAAUUUUUAAACAGAUGCUGUCAAGUAUUUCAUUUCUAGCUUUACUUUGCUCUCUGUUGUUUGUAAUACUGUCUUGGAAGCUUGAAAAAUAAAAACAAAAUAAUUCUUUCCAUACCAUUUUUCCCUUUACAUUUCGUAAAUGUUGAUCUUUUUUCCUGUGUUUCUAAUGGAGUUUGAAAUUAAGAUGGAUUUUGAUUUGUACACCGGCAUCAUCAGCUGCAAUGUGGUAACAGCAUUUACGCCACCACUGUGGCCAGAGCAGAGGAGGUACAACAGCAACACAACAACAGCAGUAAUAAUAAUAAUAAUAAUAAAUGUCUUUUGCCGAAGUCCAA